UGUCAGUUCAAUUCCCACCAUUCAAGCAGAGGUAAUUGAGCGUCAAUAGGGAGCAGAUCUCUAUCACGCUCUAGCCAAAUCUACAGCAAUACACCAUAACGACAACAACAAGAAAAAAAACCGGUCAUGUUUCCCGCACAGACCGGCAAUAUCAAUCUAGAAGCCCUGAGUGGAAUAUGUGGAUCGAUCUCAAUUGCCUGCUGGGUGGUCGUUUUUUCGCCUCAAAUCAUUGAGAAUUUCCGCCGUGGAUCCGCCGAUGGCCUUUCACUGCUCUUCCUGAUCGUCUGGCUUGCCGGUGAUGUCUUCAACAUCCUCGGCGCCGUGCUACAGGGUGUCCUGCCGACCAUGAUAAUUCUCGCCGUCUACUACACCCUCGCUGACGUUGUCCUUCUCGCCCAAUGCUUCUACUACCGGGGGUUCACCCUUCGAGACGAGGAGCCAUCCCCGCGGCAGCGUGCCUCGGCAGCUUCCUCCAUCCACGACGAGGAAGAAGCCGGCGAUGAGGAGACGGAAGUGCCUUCCCCGGUGAUGGCCCGCAAGCCGACGGAGCAGACCGCGCUCCUUGGCUCCCCCAAACGGCGCGGCGGCGGCCCGUCCUACCAUGCCAGCAACACCACCAGCUCGGCAUCCUCCGUAACCAUCACCCCCUAUCACCCGCAAGACCACCACCAACGACCGGCCCCGCUCACAAGUAGUCGUCGGCACUCAUCCGCAUCGUUCCUCCACCCCUCCAUCGACGGCACCCAUCUGUCCCCGGUCACGCCCUUCAUCGAACCCGUCAAGGAACCUCGGCCCCCGCGCACGCUGACCACCCUGCAAACCACUCUCUUCCACGCCUCGGCCAUCACCCUCGUCUGCGCCGCCGGCGUUCUAGGCUGGUACAUCAGCCAACGCACCGCCCAGCCCUCCGGCGACGACGACCACCACCACCACCACGACACCUCUUCCGCCUCGGAUGCGUCGCUCGAAAUGGAUCCCUUGGGCCAGGUCUUCGGUUACCUCUGCGCCGCGUUGUACCUCGGCUCGCGCCUCCCGCAGAUCCUCCUCAACUACCGCCGCAAAUCGACGGACGGCGUCUCCCUCCUGUUUUUCCUAUUUGCAUGUAUCGGCAACCUGACCUACGUGCUGUCCAUCCUGGCGUACUCGCCCGUCUGCGCCGCAGAUACCAGCAGCCCGCGCGCGAGCUCUCCGCCCCAACCCUCCAAUGAUCCAAGACGGUGCUCCCCGGCCGAGCUCUCCACCAAAUACGGUCAAUACAUCCUCGUCAACCUGUCCUGGCUGAUCGGGAGCUUUGGCACAUUGCUGCUGGAUAUGUGCAUCUUCGUUCAAUUCUUCUUGUACCAAGAAAACACGAGCGAGGAGGUCUCAACGGAUGUCAGUGUAGACGAAGAUGAGACCGUUCGCGGAUGACGACGACGACGACGAAGCUGAAGCCGAAGCUGAUGAUAUUGAUGUUGAUUAUGAUGAUGAUAAUGAAAAUAUCUUAUCGUUUUGGGUGAGUAGUCCUACUUUUUGACUACGGAGUUGGUGGUUUUGAAAAAAAAAAGUUUCCUCUUCUUUAAAG